GUGGAGCUGACGAGGGCACAGCCACACAGAGGAUGCAUUCUCCUGUAAUCUACUGUACAUAUGGUCCAGCUACCGUCCACUGAUCUGGACAGGACUCGCUGCUGAUUUGAAUGUGAGAUCAGCCAGUAUUUGCAUGGUGGAGUCGUCAUCGACCCGACUGGAUCAAAGCGGCAUCCUGACUGCCUUCCCCACUUUCCUGAGGGGGUGAAGCCUCUGGAUAACACCGUCUGCCGCAAUGAAACGAAUAGCACGAAAGGCGAAGGAUGAAACUUUGAUCGAACUGAAGAGCUCGACGGAUUCACAUACUGGAGAUGGUCCUGCAGUGUUGACUGCAUUCAGGAUAAACCUGCACUCAGAUGAAAACAGUGGAAAUGGUGUCAGUUCAUCUGAAAGGGGAGCACUGCCUGGACAUACAGAUGCCGACAGACUACAACCAACCACCGACACUGUGUUCUUCAGGGACGGAGUACGAAGAAUCGACUUUGUGUUGUCUUAUGUAGAUGACAAAGAUGGAGACAAGAAACAGGAAAGGAGAGAGUUUGAGGCCAAUCUUGAGAAAGCAGGACUAGAGCUGGAGACAGAGGACAAAUCAGACUCCAAAGACCAAAAGACGUAUUUCUUGAAGAUCCAUGCCCCCUGGGACGUGCUGGCCACCUACGCUGAAGUGUUAAAGAUCAAAGUUCCUUUCAAGACCAGUGAUAUCUCGCACGGGCAGGACAUGCCGCUCGAGUGGGUCUCGCAUCCUUUUCGCCUGCCAGAGCACAUAAUGCACCCGCAGCCUGACUAUUUCACAUACCACUUUGACAAGAGCAAGAUCAACUUCUUCCUUAUCAGUGACAAGGAUACAUUCUUCCCACCAUCCACAAGAAAUAGGAUUGUGUUCUACAUUCUGACUCGUUGUCCGUACUACAAAGAGAAUCAGAAAGACAAAGACAAGACGGGAAUCAAACGAUUACUCAGCAAUGGGACCUACACAGCAGCCUUCCCACUUCAUGAUUGUCGAUACUGGAAAAGAGCAAGGAAUGCUGAAUGUGAGAGUGAGCGCUACAACUUGUACAAACACUGGGCCAGGUUUCUCUGCUUUUACAAAGAGCAGCCUCUGAACCUCAUUAGAAAAUACUAUGGGGAAAAGAUUGGGAUCUACUUUGCAUGGCUGGGCUUCUACACAGAGAUGCUGUUCUUUGCAGCCAUCAUGGGCUUUAUAUGUUUCACCUAUGGACUGCUCAGUUAUGAUGACAACAUAUCCAGCAAAGAAAUAUGUAAUGCUUCUAUUGGUGGGAGUAUUGUGAUGUGUCCACUUUGUGAUGGAAAAUGCACUUUCUGGAAGCUCAGCUCUACUUGUCUCUCAUCCUGGCAAUCCCAUCUGUUUGAUAAUGAGGGAACAGUAUUCUUUGCCAUAUUUAUGGGGAUUUGGGUGACUCUGUUUUUGGAGCUCUGGAAGCGGCGUCAGGCCCGACUCGAGUACGAGUGGGACUUGGUGGACUUUGAGGAGGAGCAGCAACAGCUUCAGAUCCGACCAGAGUUUGAGAUCAGAUGCACUAAAAGGAGACUCAACAAGAUCACUCAGGAAAUGGAGCCUUAUCUCCCCAUCUCCAGCAAGGGUGCUCGCUUCUGCCUCUCUGGAGCCACAGUUAUAUUCUGGAUUUCUCUGAUUGUGGCCUGUGUUAUUGGGGUCAUAGCAUACAGGUUGGCUGUUUACGUUAAUUUUGCAAGUAUCAUUAAAAACCCCGAGAAAAAGAUCCAGUUAGUGGGAAGAUUUAUUACUCCACAGCUAGCGACCUCUGUCACUGCUUCCUGCAUCAACUUUGUCAUCAUCAUGAUCCUCAACUUCUUUUAUGAGAAGGUGGCCGUUUGGAUCACUGAUAUGGAAAUCCCAAAGACCCACCUGGAGUAUGAGAACACAUUGACCAGGAAGAUGUUCCUUUUCCAGUUUGUCAACUAUUACUCCUCAUGCUUCUACGUCGCCUUCUUCAAAGGCAAAUUUGUGGGUUAUCCUGGCAACUACUCAAAAAUGUUUGGCCGAUGGAGGAAUGAAGAGUGUGACCCUGGAGGCUGCCUGAUCGAGCUGACCACACAGCUGGUGAUUGUCAUGGUCGGGAAACAACUGUGGGGGAACAUUCAGGAAGCCCUGCUGCCGUUGAUGCGUAACUUGUGGAGUAGUAGAAAGGGGCGGCAGCAUCCUGAGACCCAUUACAGCCGCUGGGAGCAGGACCAUGUCCUGCAGAACUUCAGUCAGCUGGGCUUGUUCUACGAGUACCUGGAGAUGGUGAUCCAGUUCGGCUUCAUCACCUUGUUUGUGGCGUCUUUCCCCUUGGCUCCCUUCCUGGCUCUGUUGAACAACAUCCUGGAGAUCAGGGUGGAUGCCUGGAAGUUCACCACCCAGUUCAGACGACCGGUGGCGUCCAAGGCUCGAAACAUCGGAGCAUGGCAGGAGAUCCUCAAUGCAGUAGCCAUUUUGUCUGUUGUUACCAAUGCUUUCAUCAUGGCGUUCACCUCGGAUAUGAUCCCUCGAAUGGUCUACCUGUACGCCUACAGUGAUAAGGCCAGCAUGACCGGCUAUAUCAACAACAGCCUGUCAAUAUACAACAUCUCGGAGAUGCCUAACCCCAAUAUGCUGAUGGAACAUGAAAACUGGCUUGAUAACUCAACUACCACCUGCAGAUACCGGGACUACCGUUACCCUCCUGGUCACGAGAAGGAGUACACUCACACCAUGCAGUUCUGGCACAUCCUGGCUGCCAAACUGGCCUUCAUUAUUAUCAUGGAACAUGUGGUCUUUGUGGUAAAGUUCUUCGUGGCGUGGAUGAUCCCAGACAUCCCAUCAGAUGUGAAAGCACGGAUUAAACGAGAGCGCUACCUGAUUCAAGAGUACCUACAUAACUACGAGGUGGAGCAGCUCAAAAUGCAGUUGAGUGCUAGUUACAUCACAGAGCCAGUGUCAGAAAUGUCCUUGUCAACAGAAAUGUCCUUGUCAACAGACAAACUUGAAGUGCUAUCUGAGUGCCCGUAGCCACUGCUUCACGCCUCCAGCUGACCAAGCCAAGAGCAGGCAUGCCUGGACGUUCUUAAUGAUUAUAUACCCCAUAUGCAAAGGCUUCUGUCCAUGUUAUCAUCCUUUACUUGCUGAAUGGACAUUAUCAUCUCUGAAUGGUACUCCUAUAUUAGGAUCUGCAGAGGCAUCUGAACAACCCUGAUGUAACAUUACACUUUGCUUUAAAUUAGCUUCUACAGUAUUUGUGCCAUAGAAAAUGCAUGCAGGUGUUGGGAUGGUAAAUGGUCUUAUACUUGUAUAGCACUUUCCUAUGCAUUGCAGCACACUCAAAGCGCUUCCACACUACCC